UUGCUCUAUCCCCCUCCCCCCUCAACACUCUUUGCCCAAGCCCGCUAAUCCACAAAUCAGUCCUGUUAGGCGCAUCCUCUUCCUGAGACGCUCGUCGAGAUUGAGAGAGCUGAAAUCAAAUCAUUCCUUUGACAUUCUUCUUGUGUCGAAUACAGAAGCAUGAAGGACUUUGUACUGACAGACGGUGGACAUGACACCCAGUUCAGGAAGUAUAACAACACCGAUGAGUUCGACGGGCACCCCCUCCACAUGGCCCAAUUCAUACUGGAGAGUCCAGAGACCUAUACAAAGGUGCUACAAGACUUUAUACAAGUGGGGGCAGAGAUGGUGCUAACUCCCACUUAUCAGGCAACUAUUGAUGGCUUCCAGGAACACAUGGGGUUGGGCAGAGAAAAAGCUUUGGAACUCAUCAAAAUAGGAGUGAAGAUUGCCAGAGAUGCUGUAGAGUUGGAGAAGGCUAAGGGAAACACCAAACCUGUGGCAGUUGUAGGAGUGAUUGGUCCGUAUGGAGCAUAUCUGCACGACGGUUCUGAGUAUCAGACGGCAAGUUAUGCCGAUCACAUGACCACCGAGGAGUUGGAGGAGUGGCAUCGGCCAAGAGUCGAGGCUCUGAUAGAGGCAGGCUCUGACUGCUUGAUCUUCGGGACCAUUCCUGCCCUCAAGGAGGCAGAGGCUUUCAUACGAGUCUUAAAACAGCAUCCUGGUGUCAAAGCAAUCCUGUCUUUCUCUGCCCAGAAUGAACAGACAAUCUGCCAUGGAGAGAGAUUGUCAGAUGUUGCUCAGCGGUGUUGGAAGUUGGCAGCUGAUCAGAUUCUCGCCAUCGGGGUUAACUGUCAGCAUCCACGGUUCUCGGUGCCUCUGCUGCGCUCGAUCAAAGAGGCAAAUCCGGACAUCCCUCUGUUUGUUCGCUCAAAUAGUAGCCAUGAGAGAUUCAACACUGAGACAUAUGAGUGGGAACUGACAGAGAAUGAGAAAACCUUGCAAGAAUACUGCAGAGAUUGGUUAGAACUGGGAGUGAAGUAUAUCGGAGGUUGUUGUAGAACUACAGUUGAUGACAUCAGUAGCUUUAGAGAGGAGAUCAGAAAAUUCACAAUCAAAAAUAAGUGAAUAGAAAAUGGACAGAAGAGAAUUUUUAAUCUAAAUUAGAGAAAGGUGCCAAGUGCACAAAUAUUUACUGUUUUCAUGUUCUGUACAUAGGUUAUACUGAAUCUAUUUUUAAAUAUAUCUAUAUACCUGA